AUGUUUGGUAAAAGUCGGUGUCUUCGGUACUUUUCUAGUGCUAUUCGGUAUCUCCCCAAAGCUUCCAAAUACCUUCCUCAGACCCUAGCGUGGUCAGUUGGUCGGCGGCUAGGAGUUGGAGCAAAAAAAUUGGUGUGGCAACACUGCAUAUGGAUCAGGGCGCGUAGUGUGUGGAUGUGGGAAAGCGUCGGUAACAAGCGAUGGCAUGGAAAAACAACUAAGUCACUCAUUGCCAUUCUCUUGCCGCUUCGCCUCCUUAUCCGAUCCUCUCUGCUUCCCAACAUGUCCUCCAUCCUUUCUGUCCUUAAAACCAAGCUUGGGGAGUACAUGCUUGCCCUUCCUGAUAGCGCCACCAAGUACGAGGAUUACGAGGCCUGGGCACAGGGUUUCGCCAAACGAGUGGCUGUUUUUGACCAUUCGGCGCGUGGGCAAGACAUGCCCAAACUCACCGACUGGAUCGCCGAGGCCAAGAUUGGCCUCGAUCCAAUGGCUACUGACGACUGGCUGGUAUGGGGGGCACGAAUCCUUCCACAGCGGGCGGCGUAUGUUGCAUUGCAGCAACAGCAGGCGGCCAAGGAACAGGCCCUAGUGGAGGAGAGGGAGCGUGUUGCUAUCGCCGAACGGGAGGCUGCCGAAGCUGAGGCAGCUCGGGCUGCUGCGGCUUGGGAGUCAGCUGAAGUGGAUCAUGAAUGGCGCCAGGAGGUACUGGUGGACGCGAUGUUCGAUGGAUCGCUCAAUCCUGAAGAGGGUGAGCGUCAGUUGGCUGAGCUUGAGGCCGAGUCUGUCCUUUCUCUUCCUCUCUUCCUUCCUUCUCCUUCCCCUUCUGCCGCCAUGUCCUCCUCCCAUCCCGACCCAUCUGCCGACUCGUCCCAGCCUGACCUGUCCGCUGCCAAUUCUGCACUUGCCGUGGGUUUGGUCGCCGCUGCUGCCCCGACCAACUUGAAGGGCAAACAGUCGGCCACGGCUGUUGUCGUCGAGUUUGCUCGUCAACCGACGCCACCUCUUGGGCGCAUUGUCCUUCCUCUCGGCCCUGGAAUGGGCCAAAUGUCGAGUGCUAGGUCCCCUGUGGAGCAAAAUGGUGCCAGGAAGCUGCUUGAAGACCCUCCCGGAUUAUUACCAGGUGAUGUCUUGGCUGACUACGCUUGUCAUCGCUGUGCGACCGCCUUUCUGACCAAGGUGUUCCGAUGCUACCAGCGACCUAGGCUGGUAUCGUGCACGAAGUGUGCCAGGGAGUCGAAGGGGUGUAGCUUUCAGCCUGGGUGGACGCCGACAGAUAAGGGGAAGGGGAAGGGGAAAUCAAAGGAAAAAGGGAAGUCGGCGCCAAAGUCGGAGGAGAGGGGAUGCCCUUUGAAGUGUCAUAAGGUAGAGGUGGUUGUUCCCGUAUGGUCGGUCGGCGAUAGCAUCACUCAGAUGAAAGCCGCUUGUACCAGAAUACUGGUCCAGCAGCUUUCUACCACUGCUAGGGCCGCCCCCGCUCCUACCUGCCCUUCACGUGCUCGUUCCUCUGCUGUCCCCGCCCUGCCCGACUCCUCUCACCUGUCUCCUGUCGUCGCGCAAGGCAUCGUGUCAGAGCUUCGGUACCGCAUUGCUGUGGCCGAAGGUACACGUGCCUCACUGGCACGUUCAAUUGCGAUGUGGCAGGGUGAGUUGGAGGUUCUUGAGGCGUGUUCGGGUGGAUCAGCGGUUUCAGAUGUGGUGUUGGUGAAAGACUCGUUGGAUGCCAAGGAUUCGGGAAUGUCGGUGUCGGGCAACUUUGUUCCCGAUGUGUAA